AUGAACCAUGAACAGGGAGGUAAUGAUGGUCAAACUCCUGACAAGAAGUCGUCCACCCAACGCAAACCCAAUCCAAGGAAGAACUGCAAUUUGCUUUCGUCUCUAUUUUUCCUGUAUAUGUUUCCGGUAUUUUAUUGUGGUUGGAAGAAGGGUAUCGAUGAGGAAUCUCUGUACGAGCCACUGGACGAAGACAGGGCCGAAAACGUUGCGGAAAAGUUGGAGGCGGCUUGGAUUCCGGCCAACAAAACAAACAGCAAAUGGGCUCUGCAUUUGGCACUGCUAAAAGUGUUUGGCUUCGAUUUCAUCGCCAUCGAUUUCAGCAUCGUUUCCCCUUUGCUCAUUGGAAAAUUGGUUCUGUACUUCAGCAGGGAUUUUAAAGAUGUUAACGAGGCGUACAUGUACUGCGGCAUCCUCGCUUUGUUCCUGAUCACGCACAAGGUGAUGCUGCAUCCUGCGAUGUUCUGGUUUCAUCAUGUCGCCAUGAAGAUGAGAGUAGGCUGCAGCUCGUUGAUGUACCGGAAAACGCUUCGUUUGGAUGGAAGAACGUUCGAGAAAUUCACCGUCGGUCAAUUGGUGAAUCUGCUUUCGAACGAUGUCAGCAAAUUCGAUCAGAACUUCGUGUUCGCUCACAGCUGCUGGGUGACCCCGAUCCAAACAGUCGUCGGCGCUUACCUAAUAUACAAUAACAUCGGCGUAUCUGGUUUGAUCGGGUUCGCGUUUCUCCUAUUAUCUUUCCCGCUGUUAGUGUGGGUCGGUAAGAGAACAUCGGUGCUGCGUUUGACCACGGCGAUGACCACAGAUAAACGAGUCAGGAUAAUGAACGAGCUUAUCUCCGGGAUGCAAGUGAUUAAGAUGUACACUUGGGAGAAGCCGUUCAUCGAUCUGAUAACAUCGAUUCGGCAAAAAGAAAUCCAAACUAUUAGAAAGCAGAAAUUCCUGCUGGGAGCUUCGUAUUCCUGCGAGGUGUUCGUUUCCAGAGCUGCCAUCUUCCUCAGCCUCAUCUCUUAUGUUUUCAUGGGCCACUCGAUUACCGCCGAGAAAGUUUUCGCCGUAACAACGAUAUACAACGUGAUGAGAUCCAUGGCCACGGCAGAACUACCUUUCAGUAUUACUGCAAUCGCCGAGGUGCACAUUUCCAUCAAGAGGAUUCAAGAGUUUUUGACCUACAGCGAGCUUCCAGUGCAAAAAACGAGCAGCUCCGAUCCGAAAAUCAAGCUGACUGGUGUAAGCGCGAAAUGGUCCGAAGAGAGCGGCAAGAAUCAUUUGAGCAACAUCAGCUUAGAAAUCAGCAAACCGCAACUAUUUUCUGUGAUAGGCGCUGUAGGAAGCGGUAAAACUAGUUUAUUAAACGUAAUUUUGCAAGAGUUACCAAUCCUUAGCGGAAAACUCGAGGUCUCUGGAACAGUUUCAUACUGUUCACAGGAUUGCUGGUUAUUCUCAGGAAGCGUUAGACAGAACAUAAUUUUUUCAACGAAAUACGAAGAGACGCGUUACAGGGAAGUCUGCAGGGUGUGCGCUUUAGAAUCUGACUUCAAUUUGCUUCCUUUCGGCGAUAAGACUUUAGUUGGAGAGAAAGGAAAAAGUCUGAGCGGCGGACAAAAGGCUAGAAUCAAUUUGGCGCGUUGCGUCUACAAAAAAGCAGAUAUUUAUUUACUAGAUGAUCCACUUUCCGCUGUUGAUCCAAACGUUGGAAAGCAGAUUUUCAACGAGUGCAUCAAGAGAUUCUUGAGAGAUAAAAUAUGCGUUUUAGUUACGCAUCAGAUACAGUAUUUGAAGGGAGAUGGUAGAAUUUUACUUUUACGCGAAGGCCUUUCUCAGAGCAUCGGCACUUACGAGGAAUUAGAUUUGGAUGAACCAGAAGAGAUUGAAGUUCAUAACGAGAUUUUAGAGAGCAUAAAACUGAAUGAAUUUAUUGAUGAUGAUCAAGUUUUGCAAGAAGAAAACCGAGGGAAAGGUGGAAUCGAAUGCAGCACUUAUAUCUCAUACUUCAAAUCAGGUGGAAAUUAUUUAACAGCUACAGUUUUGAUCCUAGUUUUCAUUUGCACUCAGGCAAUUGCGAAUUUCAACGAUUUUUACAUUAGCUUAUGGGUUACCAAGGAAGAGAUGAAUUUCUUGAAUCGAUCAUCGCUGAUUGAGAUGCGUCAGACGAUAAUUUACGAAUACUCCGGAAUAACGUUCUUCACCAUCGUGAUGGCCCUGACGCGCACCAUAUUUUUCUACCAAUUCUUCGUGCAAGCCGCCAAGAAUUUGCACCGCACCAUCUUGCUAAGGUUAACGAAUUCCGUGAUGAACUUUUUCCACAGAAAUCCCUCCGGUCGCAUCCUGAAUAUAUUCUCAAAAGAUCUCGGAAUCACCGACGAAUACAUUCCAUCUUUGCUCUUCGACGUAAUACAAAUAACUUUGACACUAUCCGGCAGUUUAAUCAUGUCCGCAAUUGUAAACCCGUGGCUUUUGAUACCAUCCGUCGUACUUCUGCUAAUCUUAUUUACGAUGCGAGUGGUCUAUUUAAGGACCAGUAUCAGCGUGAAAAGAGUGGAAAGCACCACAAGAAGUCCUAUUUUCAGUCACAUAACUGCGUCGAUGAAUGGGCUGAGCACUAUUAGGGCUUACGGAGCCGAAGAUACUUUAAUCAAGGAAUUCGAUAAUUUCCAAGAUAAGCACAGUUCGGCUUGGUUCAUUUUCAUUGCUUCGCAAAGGGCGUACGGAUUGUGGGUGGAUUUGAUUUGCAUAAUAUUCAUAACAAUCAUCGUAUUGAUUUUAAUUGUUAUGGAUGAAGGUGUGAAUGGUAGCGAGAUGGGCUUAAUUUUGUCGCAGUUUCUGUACUUGAUUUCGAUACUGCAAUGGGGGAUGCGGCAAUGGAGCGAAUUGGACAACCAGAUGAUUUCGGUAGAAAGGAUUUUGGAGUACAGAAAGUUGGAGAUCGAGAAGCUGAGGCCAGAUAUUGAAGUGCCUUUGGGAUGGCCGAAGACGGGAAGGCUUAGGUUCAAGAAUGUGCAGCUCAGCUACGGUUCGGAUUCGAAACCUGUUCUUCGCGAUAUCAACUUGUUGAUCAGAGCGGGCGAGAAAAUUGGGAUUGUCGGAAGGACGGGCGCGGGAAAGUCUUCGAUAAUCGUUGCUUUAUUUCAGCUGUUUCCCAUCGAAGGCGAAAUCGAAUUGGAUUCGAUCGAAAGCACAGUCGUCCCUUUGCAAUUGCUGAGAAAUAAAAUAUCGAUUAUACCGCAAGAGCCGAUCCUGUUCUCGAGCUCGAUGCGCCAGAAUUUGGACCCUUUCGACGAGUAUUCGGAUGACGUGCUUUGGCACGCACUCGAGCAAGUGGAGCUCAAGAAAGUGGUGCAAGUUAUGCCCUCCGGUUUAUCCUCGAUGAUUUACGAGGGAGGAAGCAACUUCAGCGUGGGGCAGAGACAGCUCGUGUGCCUAGCGAGGGCGAUCAUAAGGAACAACAAAAUAUUGGUUUUGGAUGAGGCCACGGCCAACGUCGAUCCUCAAACGGAUGCCCUCAUUCAAGAGACUUUACGUUCAAAGUUCUCCGAGUGCACCGUUUUAACCAUAGCGCACAGAUUAAACACGGUUAUGGAUUCCGAUAAGAUUUUGGUGAUGGAUGCCGGAAGAAUCGUGGAAUUCGACGCCCCGUACGCCCUUUUGGAAAGACCUUUUGGCACGUUCAAAACAAUGGUCGAAGCGACUGGCAAUUCUUCUGCUAAAACUUUAAAUAGCAUAGCAAAGCAGAAAUACGAAGCCACGAACCGCAAAGAACAUUGAUUGAAAACAAAUAAAAUCGAACUUACAUCCAUGACUUUCAUUUUCUCGUUCACACUUUCACUUUCAGCGUGACUACUUAUUACAUGAUUCCAAUACUGACUAAGGUCCAAGAGUUUCACUAUACUAUUUAUCAUAUGCGAUAAAUCCAUUUAAUGAUGAUAAUUUAUUUGGACUUAGCCGCAAUCUGUCCAAAGAGAUUACGAGUCAUUAACAGCGCUCCAGAUAAACAUCAUCUCUAUUUUUUUCUUCUUUUCUUCAAAAUUAGACCAAUAC